GGAGCGAGAAAAAGAGAAGCACAGCGAAACCAGAGAAACAAUGGAAAUUGGAUUACCACAAAGAUGAAGAUAAGGUUUGGAUUGUACGGUCCCAACCCUUUCACCUAAAAUCUCUCUAGGGUUUUAGAGCAUACUCAGCAGCAUAUUCUCCAACCACUCUUAAAUUCAGCCAACGAUGGCUAUUUCAUCCCUCUCCACUCCCACGCUCAACCACCUCUCCCUCUCCCACGCCUCUUCUCUCCUCUACCUCGCCGCCUCCCUCCUCCAAUCCCCCGCUCCAAGACUCACCUGCACUACACGAGUCGCCUCCUCGCAUUCCAAUCCUAAGAUUUUGAAGUCCAACCGCCGCUCCAGGCACGGCCACCCACUCUCGCCCUACGACACUGAUGACGAUGCCCGCGCCGCUAAUUCCGAUGAAUUCCGCGAUGAGGAGGAUGACUAUGAUGAAUUUGGAGAUAUUGAAAUUUCUGAGACUGAUAGACAGAGGUUAAAGUUGAAAAAUGAAGCUCUCAAGGGACAAGGCAGAACCAGGCACAUAGGCAAAAAUUGGGAUUUGGAAUCGUCCAGCCCUGCACGCAAUCUUGCAAAACGGCCAAGAAAGUCUGCUGUGAGGAAUGUCAAAUAUACUACGGAAAAAAUAGAUGGAGAUGGUGUUUCUUCAACAUUGAAUUCCAAAGUCAAGGAAGCAGAAAGUUCCGCUAUGAACAGAUUUGGUCAUUUGUCGGAGGAGAUAGACUUAGACGAAAGAUAUUUUCCCCUUCUCAAUUACUUGAGCAGUUUCGGACUCAAGGAACGCCACUUCCUCCAGAUGUAUGAGAGGCACAUGCCUUCUCUCCAGAUAAAUGUUGAAUCAGCUGAGGAAAGAUUGGAAUACUUGUUGAGUAUCGGUGUUAAGCAUAGAGAUAUUCAAAAGAUAAUUUUGAGACAGCCUCAAAUAUUGCAGUACACUGUGGAAAACAAUCUAAAGGUUCAUGUUGCCUUUUUAUGUAGCUUGGGCAUUCCAUCGUCUCGAAUAGGGCAAAUAAUCGCUGCCACUCCCUCAUUGUUCUCUUACAGUGUCGAAAAUUCCUUAAAACCCACAGUCAAGUAUUUGAAAGAUGAGAUCGGAAUCCAGGAGAAAGACAUAAGUAAGGUUGUGCAGUUAAGUCCUCAAAUCCUGGUUCAACGGAUAGAUAGUACAUGGAAAACACGGCUUGAUUUUCUUAUGAAAGAGUUGGAUGCUCCUAGACAGAGUAUCGUGAAGAUGGUCACCAAGCAUCCUCAACUCCUCCACUACAGCAUUGAAGAUGGCUUGCUCCCCAGAAUCAAUUUCUUACGAAGUAUUGGGAUGCAAAAUUCAGAGAUACUGAAAGUAUUAACUAGCCUUACACAGGUAUUCUCACUUUCACUGGAGGCAAAUCUGAAGCCUAAAUACAAGUAUUUGGUCAACGAACUUCAGAAUGAAGUCCAAUCUCUGACCAAAUAUCCAACAUACCUUAGCUUGUCUUUGGACCAAAGGAUCAGACCCCGUCAUCGCUUCCUGGUUUCGUUGAAGAAAGCUCCGAAAGGGCCAUUCCCUUUGAGCUCAUUUGUCCCAACUGAUGAAUCAUUUUGCCGGCAGUGGGCAGGAACUAGCGUAGAUAAAUAUCUGGAUUUUCGGCAGAGGUUACUGCUUAAAGAUUUAGCAAAGAAAUAUGAAAGGCAGUAAUAGGCAUAAAUCACCCCUUUGUAUACUACAUGUGAAUGAAGAAAAUGUAUGACAGAUUACUUAUCAGAUUGCUCACUGCUGGCGCUUUAAGACUCCAAAGAAAAUGACCUAACCAUGGCAUUCUGGUAUAUAAAAAAUGUUCUAUGAUUUGGUCUACUUCCCUUCUGGAGCUGGCGAAACAAUUAUUUUGAAGUCUGUAAUGGCUUUUACUAACUGGUCGUGAUUCUAACAAUCCUACUGCUUGCAAAAUAUCCGGUCUCUAUAAAUCGAGCAGGUACAAAAUUCUAGUAAUUUCAUCAAGGAUAAAAUAUAGAGUGCGAGCAGAUGCAUUAGUUUGCUCUCUUUUCAGUAUAAAGAAGUAAGCUUAUGUUUUUUCAUUUUGCUCCUCAAUCGACAAAACAAUACUACAAAGGUUUGUUAAAAGAAAACAAUGUUGUUGAAAAUAUAGUGGUGGUUAUAUUCUCUCUUA